AUGGGAGUCAUAGACUCGACUUUGAUUCUCAACAAGCUCCUCGUAGAUACCAACAAUACCGACUACCCUGACAAGCAUGUCCACGUCCCGCUGUCCUCUCCUCUCUUCUUCUGGUACAUUGCCGCCAUCAUGUUCUUGGUCCUCCUCGGUGGAGUAUUCUCAGGGCUGACCCUAGGUCUUAUGGGUCUCGAUACGGUCAAUCUACAAGUCUUGUCGGUGGCUGGGACAGAAGACGAGAGACGGCAAGCACCACGAGUUUUAAAGCUUGUGGGCCACGGAAGGCAUACUAUGCUUGUAGUACUUUUGCUAGGUAAUACUUUGAUCAACACUUCGUUGCCCAUCUUUCUCGACUCUAUCGUCGGGGGAGGAUGGAUAGCUGUGCUGGGCAGUACUUUUUUGAUUCUAACGAGACGCUUUAGGAUUCUGCCACAAUCCAUCUGCAACCGCUAUGGUCUUGCGAUCGGGUCAACGUUCGCCCCUCUCGUGAGAUUCCUGAUCGUUCUCAUGUAUCCCAUAGCCAAACCCAUUGGCAUAGUCCUUGACUUUGUCCUCGGGGCUCACUCUGACCCAGUGACAUACCGCAAAGCCGAGCUCAAAACAUUUGUCAGUCUGGGGGUCGAGGACAAGCUCGAAGAAGACGAGCUGGGACUCUUGGGCUCUGUGUUAGAGUUCUCUGGAAAGACUGUCAAAGAUAUCAUGACAUCGCAUGAGGACAUGUAUGCACUAUCCGCGGAGAGGAUUGUCGACGGCGAGCUCGUCAAGGAGAUCCUCAAGAAAGGUUACAGCAGAAUCCCGGUAUACGAGCCUUCGUCUCGUGAUUCGUACAUAGGUUGUAUCACGAUCCGAGCUUUGGUAGGCUACGACUGGACGGAUUUGAAGCCGGUGUCAGAUUUCGUCACCCAAGCACUGCCACAAUGUUUCUCUGACCUCAACCUGAUUGAAGCCAUGUCUUACUUCCAAACAGGGCGAAGCCACAUAAUGCUUAUCACUCAUCGCACAGGAGACAACACCCAAGUGCUUGGUCUUGUUACUCUGGAAGAUGUGGUAGAAGCUUUGAUAGGGCGUGAGAUCAUUGUGCGUGGUCACAAAAUCUGA